AUGUUCCGGCUUAUUGCAGAGAGUCUUGUCGUAGAGGCGAGUGAAGACGCGGAGGCACAGAAUAUGCACCCUAUAAGGGUGCCGGAAGAUGACACCAAUUUGCCAGCUGCACAUGGAGCAAUAGGAAUUUCCUGGGGUGAUUUUGGCUUCACUGAUGAGUCUGUCUUCUUCAUCACUGAUGUGUCUGGCCGUGUGCCUCUGAGCAGUGACCAAAAUGUUGCUCCUUCUUUGGAAGAAGAUGAAGCAGCUCAGGUGAAUAUUUUCUGCAAUAACUGCUACCACAAUAGUCCAGCAGAGUACUACAGGAUCUUUUCAAUGCACUGUAUUAGCUCUCAAAUGGGUGGUGCUGACUGCGCUAAACACAUAUGUCGCUUCUCUGUAGACAUUGUUUCUACAGAAUUUGAUCCUUAUCCACAUGACUGUAUGCAAGUUCGGUUUUACAUCCAGCCAACCAUGCGGAGCAGGAAAAUCCUGUCAGUGAGGCCUCAUAGACACAGGCACGUUCGUGAGGUGCGCAUUACUAGUGUACAUGGAAGAAAUGGAGUGAUAGGUAAUUCUACCUUCUUCACCUUGGAUUCUCUGAUACUUCCUGAUGGAUACGUGCCUCAAAUCCAUGAUGUCGUCAAUGCUGUGGUAGUGGAGAGUGUUCAUGCAGGCUAUAUUUGGAGAGCAGUCUCUAUCACCCCUGUGGCAACAGUGUAA